AUGUGCCGCAAGCGCAUCGCACGUACGGGCUACGAGAAUCAAGGGUUCGGCCUCGUUCAAUUUAAACUGGCCCUCACACGUCCACAGCACAUUACUUACGUUAAGCCACAACAGCUCCGUCGUUUCGGUCUCGUCUCCAAGUGUGCUCCUUCGUCCAGCCAUGCACACGCUCCUGUCUGCUGCGACGUCGAUCGUAUUGGUGGCGUUCUUCACAUCAAGGGCGAUAUGAUAUCAGAAGACGGACUCGGCGCGAUCUGGAACAUCAAAAAUGGCAUAUACGGUGUCCAUACUAUCGACUGCUGCUCGUCUACUGAUAAAGAUGGUAUAUCAAAAUUGCGAAGUUAUUUUGGCUUGAAUCUUUACCUGACGAUGACUGAUUACAUUGGAUCAAAAACAUACCGCUCUAAAGUCAAGUCCGCGCAGGACCUGAACUGUGAUUUUGAGAACCCUGCUCAAUGCAUGUGGCGCAACUACGCAAACCCGUCCACUAAGGGAUCCAUGAACCGCUGGCUGGUUGCUGAAAAAGUCGACAACAGAGACUGGAAGAAUCUCCACAUCAACCCAAAGAUUACUCCAGCAAUGGGAUCGCACGUGAUUCUCUCUGGUAAGGCUUCGCCGAUGUCCCCCGAAACGGUGAUUCUGAUAAGUCACGAAAUACCGAACCAGUCGAACUUCGGAACACUUAAGUUCGACUAUUGGAUCAUCAACCAGGGCUAUUUGAAGGUGUCCGUAAUUGCUGAUUCGCCAUUCAAGCAUCAGCGACACUACGUCCUACUGGAGAAACGCUUCAGCUGUAAACAAACGAUUCUAUGCCGCAUAAUGGCCUGCGGCGACUGCUCCGCGGGUGUGCUCGAAAUCCCGCCCAUAGAUCAUCCCUUUAAGAUUAUGUUCGAAGCAGAAAUCCCGACCGGAUCAUCAUCCGCGGUUGCGAUUGACAACAUUCACUAUAUCGCUAAGAUAAGUCCACCAGCUGAACCUGCAGCAGUGACUGAAACCGUAGUUACAGCCGAACGACUGCCACGUCCAUCCGACGAAUCUUUCGAACAAGGGGAAGGAGGAGACGAGUCAACUAAAGAGGCUGAUGAGGAAAACAAUACCAUCGGAGAGGCUGAAGAAGAAACAAAUUCAGCAGAAACAGAGAUCGUAAAGGAACCUGAUGUUAAACUGAUCAGCAUAUCGCAGAAAACGGGCGCCUGCAGGACAUGGCAUUGCGACUUCCGAGCCGGUAGCAAAUGCAACUGGGUGACCACUAAAAAAAGCGAAAGUACCAGUCGCUUCGAAAUCAAACGCAACCCGAUUGGAUCAGCCCCGAAUGUUAUGGUGAAACCCACAGAUGAUCAUUCGUUCCUUGGCGUAGAAAUCGGAGGCAACAAGGCCUCUUUUGCCACCAUAGAAUCGUCGAAAAGGACGCCUCUCGAAAAAGGUCUGAAGAUGCACGUCCUGAUCAAGCGAGGCACGCAUGGAUCAACGAUGACUGUCUGUUUCGAAAACAACACCAAGACGAAAACAUGCAAACCCAUUGCGGGGCCCAGCUUUACCGUGGCCGACUGGAAAAAUCCCAAGGAGGUUAUCGUCGACAUUCCACAGGGAACGGAAAAGAUCACGUUCAUCGUCGAGAAUAGAGCUUUCAGCACUUCCGGUAAAUCUGCCUUCGGAAUCGAUUACGUGAUGCUGACCGAUACAGGAAAUAAUCCUAUUUGUUAG